GGUGUCAAGUGUCAGAUCGAAACAUGGCGGCGCCCGCUAAGAAAGUGUUCGAGGUGUUCGUUUCGAAGCUUCCAUGGACAGUCGCUAGCAAGGAGAUGAGGGAGUACUUUGGACAAUUUGGACAAGUCAAAUGGUGCCGACUCCCAUUUGAUAAAGAAACUGGCUUCCACAGAGGAUUCGGUUGGGUUGGAUUCAACUCGGAGGAGGGACUAAACAAUGUACUGCAGAAAGAGCCACACAUACUAGAAGGAGCAAAGCUUCAGGUUCAGAAGAACAGGCAGACGUUUUCUGGAUGGAAAUCAAUCAAAAAUGAAAGUGACUGAAGCUCCAUUUUAUUCCUACUUUUUUUUUUUUCUUUGUGCAUGAUACAUGUCUUUUGUGGGUCUGAGUAUAUCUGAAUUCAACAUACAAAAUAUUUCUCUUUACCAUUAAGUCAUACCAAUGCAAAUUUUGUCCAAAUAAAAACAUUGUGGAUGAAGA